CGCCCCUCCGCCGCGGGGGUCCCCUCGGCGCUGGGCAGCCCGCCUGGCUCGAUGGAGGGGCGGCCCGCCGCGAGGCGCUCUGCGCGGUUCUCGCCGUAACCCCGUGCCGCUUUGCUGGGUUUCCUCGUGCUUUUGGGGUGCAGUUAAAGGUUGGAGAAGAUACAAGGAGGGCGAGAGGCACUCACGCUGCCGGUUCUUUGUGAGUAAUCCAAGAGAAACAACUGCCAACCACUGCCACGUUUUCAUCUGUUGGUAAACAUCAGCUGCUGGUUGGCCUUGAGGGAGGAAGACUGAAUUAGUUCCAGAUGGAGAACUCUGUCAGCCCAUUUAGACUUUCCAGUUGAUUGGAGCCAGCAGGCAGAAAACAUGGAGCAGCCCACAUGAAGAAUCCUGUGGAGUUCAUAUUCCUGCAAGAUGUCCUUGGAAGGACCAAACCCAGUUUUCCAUGCCCCUGGGAGAUGAAGCAUUGACCACAUGACAUUUUUAUUUCAACAAGUGCUUUGUCAGUGUUGCUUUGUGUGAAAGACAAAGAAUAUUUGAAAAUAUUUCUUUCUUCACCAUGACGAGUGCCCUGACCCCAGAGGCCCCGAGCCCUCCCCAGCUGGAGGAGAAGCCAAAGGGAAAAUCCCUGUUCCAGCUGGGCUCCCUCUUUGCUAACAGGAGUGAGAAAUUUGUGAUUGCUCGCAGUGACAGCUUGCCAGAGGAGAAUGUCCUGAAAAUCACCAUCACAGAGACCACGGUCAUCGAGUCCGACCUGGGCAUCUGGAACUCCCACGCCCUCAUCUACCUCACUCUGUGGUUUUUCUUCAGCUUUUGCACUCUGUUCCUUAACAAAUACAUCCUGUCCUUGCUGGAGGGAGAGCCCAGCAUGCUUGGUGCUGUUCAGAUGCUUUCCACCACCUUCAUUGGCUGCAUCAAGAUGUUUGUCCCUUGCUGCCUGUACCAGCACAAGACCCGAAUUUCCUACCCCCCCAACUUCAUCAUGAUCAUGCUCUUUGUUGGAUUAAUGAGAUUUGCAACAGUGGUCCUGGGGCUGGUGAGCCUGAAGAAUGUGGCAGUUUCAUUUGCAGAAACUGUGAAAAGCUCUGCCCCAAUUUUCACUGUCAUCAUGUCCAGGAUGAUUCUGGGGGAAUACACUGGGCUGCUGGUGAACCUGUCCCUGAUCCCUGUGAUGGGAGGGCUGGCUCUGUGCACAGCCACUGAAAUCAGCUUCAACAUCUUGGGCUUCUCUGCAGCCCUGUCCACCAACAUCAUGGACUGUUUGCAAAACGUCUUUUCCAAAAAACUGCUCAGUGGAGAUAAAUACAGAUUUUCAGCCCCAGAGCUUCAGUUCUACACAAGUGCUGCUGCUGUGGUCAUGCUCAUUCCAGCUUGGAUAUUUUUCAUGGAUGUGCCUGUGAUUGGGAAGAGCGGGAGGAGUUUCAGCUACAACCAGGACAUCGUCAUCCUCCUGCUGAUUGACGGGGUCCUGUUCCACCUGCAGAGUGUCACAGCCUAUGCCUUGAUGGGCAAGAUUUCCCCUGUCACUUUCAGCGUUGCCAGCACUGUCAAGCACGCCCUGUCCAUCUGGCUCAGCAUCAUUGUCUUUGGGAACAAGAUCACCAGCCUGUCAGCCGUGGGCACUGUCCUGGUCACCGUGGGGGUCCUGCUCUACAACAAGGCCAAGCAGCACCAGCAGGAGACCCUGCACAGCCUGGCCAUGGCCCCACAGCCCCCGGGGCCCACCGAGGACACCGAGCCCCUGAUCCCCAAGGAUCUGGAACCCUAUGAUUGAUCCAUGGGGCUCUGCAGCCUCCCAGCCGAGCGCGGCUCCAAGGGGAUCCUCCUGGAUUGGGGCUGUUCCUCAGAUCCUCCUGGAUGGGGCUGUUCCUCAGAUCCUCCUGGAUGGGGCUGUUCCUCUGGGUCCUCCGAGUUCCUCAAAUCCUCCUGGAUGGGGUUGUUCCUCAGGUUCCUGUGAGUUCCUCAAAUCCUCCUGGAUGGGGUUGUUCCUCUUGUUCCUAUGAGUUCCUCAAAUCCUCCUGGAUGUGGCUGUUCCUCAAAUCCUCCUGGAUGGGGU